UGGGGACAUCACUAGCUUGCCAGCUUUUAGACUUGACUGUGUUUUUCUAGUGUCAUCAUGAAGGUCCUGGCUUUGGUGUUGACGCUGUGGUCGGUGGACGCGUACCCGUACUAUCCUUAUUACGGCAAUGUUGAUACUUUAUCCUUCGGCGCAAGCGACAGCAGCCGCGGCGGCAUGGCCAUGAGCCGGUACUACAACCCGUACUACACGCAGCAGGCCGGCGGCGGCCUGGCCGCCUUCAUGUUCCGCCAGCCCGAGGAGCAGCAAACCAGCCAGUAUUACCUCCCCGACCGCCGUCCCCAAACCCAGCCAGAGCUCACCUACCUCCCUCCUCAGCAAAACGAAGUCUUCUACCCUCAACAGCCAGAAAAACCUGCCACGGAGCAAACAGAAAUCGCCGACCCUACCGAAAGAACUGAAAUCUCAACUACAGCCAAAGCUAUUCCAGAAAUAGUCGAACCUGAGGUUGAAGAGGUCGAGAAGCCUAGGAAGAGAGUGCAGAAGAAGAAGCAGGUCAAACGGCCUGUUGAAGAUGAGGAUGACGAAGAUGAUAGAUACGAUAUGCCAAGGAUGCCGGCUGCGGCUUUCUUCCCCAUGUUCUUCGGUUACGGAGGGCGGUCCGGGUCGGGUGGCAUGCCCGGAGGAGCGACGGCGGUCGCCAACGCCUACAGCACUGGCCGCGGCGGUGUUGCCAGUAGCCACGCAACUGCAUAUGGCGCGCCUAGGCCUGAAAACCAGAAGUUAUAGGUUAGCUUAGAUUUCGAUAGCUAGGUAUUACUGGACAAUCAAAACAAGGAAUAGGUACUUUAAGUUUCAAUCAUCAAGAGAUAAUAAAAUUCUGAGUUCGAAACUGAACAGUGUCAGAUAGUGCGUACUUUUGCCAUUUCCCUGUGUCUAGGACAAAAAUAUUGAUAGUCCAGUAUUACGUAGCAAUUUAUAUUCGUUGUUAUGAUUUUCACAGAUCUGUAAAGCAUAUUGUUUUAAAAUAUCUUUUAUUUUAUGCCAUGUAGUAGAUACAUAAACCAAUAAAUAAUAAAAUAAAAAAAAUG